GCUACCGUGAAGCGCGAAGAGGAUUCGACUCUGGCAAUACCUCAACAUCGCGAUCUAGACUUUGAAUCGCCCUCAAAUAGUGCGCAUCGACAACGAACCGCACAUGGACAAAUAGUGCUUCUUGCAUAGAACCAUCAACUUGAGACCAAGAAGCGGCGUAAAACGAAGGUCACCUUACUCAUUGGUCGAACAAACGGUACAUUGAUCUUUGCACCAACCCGCAAGUGGAUGCGUAAGCGCGCAAACGCCAGCGGCAAUAAGGUUGCGACAAUACUUCACACCAUGAAACCUUCUCACUCCUUCUCGCUGCAGCACUGGCGCUCAGACGCACCUUUGGCCGGUGACGCCCCUGUUUCAUCCAUACUUAGCUCUCUAUAGUUCUAAAUCACGGCUCCCUAUGCGGCCAUAUCUUCCGCACAUUGUUCGAAAGUCUGGAGUACUACCCGGCCGAACCACGAAGAAUGUCGCAGAUGAUGCGUGUCGGGCAUGCAGUAUCCGGAUUAAGCAAGGGAUACCGACACAAUCAUUCGUCCCGUCAGCGCUUCAGAUCAUCGUCGUAACCGGUCGGAUGUAUUGCUAUCCAUGGAAAGGUGAGGUGACGCCCACUGAAGCGCAGGAGUUUUCAUUCGAAUGGCUAGGCAUGGUCUUCUUGUCUGACAGUCGUUACCGACUACUGACUUCACAACGCUGCCGAGGCAAGCGCCUCUCGAGAUAAACAACCGGACCGAACAAGCUGUUCUGGGAACCGUCGCCUGAGCUGACAUCUCUGAAUGCCGAGGUAGCGUCUUCUUGCGGUAUCUCGUUGAUCGCUUGCCGUGUGCUGCUACCAGGAUAAACCCUAGUUGAUGGACAACAGCCUAACAGGGGUAGGGACAUGUUGGAAUAACCCGACGGCCCUACAAGGUGAUCUGGUUACCCUGAACCUCCGUAAGGGCAAGAGUCAGCUAUGCUCAGGCGAUCGUCUAGAGAUGACGUAUCGGUUUGAUCGUUUGCGUUGUGGGCCCCAAGUCGAUGAAGGCCGCUCCCAUAUAGUCGACCAAAGCACUGAGAGAAACAUCCGUCAAUCGUAGACAAUCGUCCAGCAAUCUUGGUUUGAUCUGCUACCCCUUUGCAACCAGCA